CCACACGAUCACUCUCAGCAUACAUUUCUCGAUAUAGAAUCAACAACCUGACGGUGCACAGUGCACACAAAUCCUUACGCGGCAAAAAAAGAAGAAUGUUUACAGUAAACAACUGGUUCGUUCGGUUCCUCGAGGACUAUGUCUAUGCCAUGCGCGAGCCGCCACCGCGCAAGCGGAUCAAGCCCAUGGAGGUGCUGUGCGUAGGAAUGCCUCGCUCCGGGACAGAGUCUCUGCAGCAAGCUCUCCUGACAUUGGGAUAUGACCAUACUUUCCACGGAUGGGAUAUCAUUUAUGAGCAGCCGAAUUAUUGCCAGCAGUGGGUAAAGCUGUGUCGUAAGAAAUGGUUUGGGCCCCUUGACGGCAACACUACGUUCACAGCUGAGGACUUUGACCCCCUUAUUGGUCACUCUGUUGCUGUGACGGAUGCAGCGGGCUCUGUAUUUGCUGCGGAGCUUAUUGGCGCAUAUUCAGAGGCUAAGGUCAUCCUUAAUCACCGCAAGGACCUGGAUGCGUGGCAUCACAGCGCGACGACGACUCUGAUGCGUUCCAACGGUCACUGGCCACUCUUUAUACUCUCGUGUCUAAGCCGGGAGUGCUUCUGGGCUUGGCAUGUUUUUGUGCGGUUUAUGUGGCCAGGCUUGUUCCGCGCGCUGGAUGGAAAUAUCGAAACAGGUAUGGCGAGGAAUGGGAAGUGGGUAUAUCGAGGCAGGGAACGGCUACUGGAGUGGACAGUUGAGGACGGAUGGGAGCCAUUAUGUGAGUUCUUGGGCAAGCCAGUCCCUAAUGAGCCUUUCCCACAUGUCAAUGCGGCUGCAGGAUGGGCAGGUCAGGAAAUGAGACUUGGAAAAAAAUAUAUUGUAGGUGCAGCGAUAAAUGUUGGGACUUUUUGUAUAAUUACAGCAGGAGCUUGGGUUAUAUAUAGCCGAUAUUGGUAGCUACCAUGCAUUGUAUGCGUACACCUUUAGG